AUGUCGACCACCAACACCAGCACCACUGCUCCUAUUUUUGUUCCUCAAGAUGGUGCAUUUGCAAUCCUGAGGAUCGACCCCAUUGCUUCCCUGGCCCAUCUCAAUGACCCGGAAGCUCUCAAAGCUGCAGAGUCAAUGGAAUUUCACGACUAUGUAGUGUUCGUCCCUGGUACAAGGGAAAUGCGCCACCCAAUGAUCUCUUUCCGGGCAGAGGUCGUGGAAUUUCUCGUUCAAGGAUUGCCACCCGAUGUUCCCUCUCUCUGUAUCGACUCAGCGAUGUCCAUUCCUAUCUUUCCCACUUCCCACUCUCAACAUCCAGGUUCUCGGGAGCCUCUUCGAACACUGAAACCCCUUCCCUGGGGCGACUGCUAUCUCUCACCUUUCCUUCGUGAGACGGUGCGCUGCCCGACUGUUAUAACAACCGAUCCUCUUUGUUGCUCUAUGGUUGACGAAGAUAUAUCUCGCCAUGAUGACAUGAUUGAUCUGGACCGUCUCAGACAGUCCGUUCUGUUUUCUCGCAGUCUUGUCGAAAGCAGUGGGUUGGAUGCUGUUGACAACAGUGACGAAGGAAUCGCCUUCAAUGAGGAGCAAGAAGCCUCUGAGGGUCUCGAUGAAUCGCCUAUGAACACGACGUUCUCUUACAUUGCCGAUGAUGUUGAUGCUCAGUCACGGUCGACGACGAAUGACGAACUCGAGGAUCUGGAUGAAGAUGAAGACCUCUAUCUGUGCGGAUUAAUCUUUCCGAAGGAGGCCCCCAGUGACAUGCUCACCGUCAACAUAACGCACGAUCUUUCUCGUGUUGGCGAACUGCGAAAUCCUCAGUCGUUUUAUGACGAACGAGCACAGAUUCGAAGGAUUGCGGCCGAAUCGAUGGACCGCCUGCGUCAAGCAGUCGAGCAAGAAUCAGAAGAGCUUUAUGCUACAAAAACAGCUGUCCUUCUCGCGGCUCGGAAGCACGAACGUCUUGUGCUAUCCAAUGAUCCAGAGUCUUCACCCAACAAUACCAGCUCCAUCUUAUCGGACGGCAUUCAAAUAACCUCUGCCACGACACAGUCAAAACUUGAGGUCAUGAUGCAAUGGAUCCGUUCAUAUUUAUCUUGA